CUUCUGCCCCUGGUGUACAGCAGUGCAGUGUUCUACACAGGCAUCAGUGCUAAGGGGAUUGAAAGCUUAGUAAGUGUUCUUAAUUGUGUAGGGGGCUGCCAAAUCGCUGUCAAUCAAGACUGGGUUUUGAUAGAUUUUCUUUUAUUCUUCAUACCUACCCUUGUUAUGAUCAUUCUCUACAACAAAAUAUUUUUAGUAGCCAAACAGCAGGCUGUAAAAAUGGAAACUUCUGUAAGUGGCAACAAAGGUGAAUCAUCUUCAGAGAGUCACAAAGCCAGAGUGGCCAAGAGAGAGAGGAAGGCUGCAAAAACCUUGGGAGUCACUGUGGUGGCAUUUAUGGUCUCGUGGCUCCCAUACACAAUUGACACAUUGAUUGAUGCUUUCAUGGGCUUCAUCACUCCUGCGUAUGUCUAUGAAAUUUGUUGUUGGAGUGCCUAUUAUAACUCAGCCAUGAACCCUUUGAUUUAUGCUUUCUUUUAUCCUUGGUUUAGGAAAGCCAUAAAGCUUAUUUUAAGUGGGGAAAUUCUAAAGAGUCAUUCAUCUACCAUGAGUUUAUUUUCAGAAUAA